UUACCUUAGUGCUUUAAAUAUGCUCUAUUGGCUGACUGUUCAAUACUUAGAUGGCCAUUUAAAGCAGGCUCUUCAGUCAUCGUUACCUGCGGCCAUUUAUUGACUCUCUCAUGCUGUCUCAUUGUUUCGCGACACUCCUUUAUGUCGCGCCGGCAUUUGCAGCGUCUGCCGCCAAUUGGCGGUCGAGGUCGAUAUACCAGGUCGUCACCGAUAGAUUCGCGAUGACGGAUGGCUUGGCUGGUCCUUGCGAUCCCAGUGCAAGAAAAUACUGCGGUGGUACAUGGCAGGGCCUCAUCAAUCGUCUUGACUAUAUCCAAAACAUGGGCUUCGACGCUAUUUGGAUCUCUCCCGUCUCAGCAAACGUUGAAGAAGAAACAGCAUAUGGAGACGCAUACCAUGGUUAUUGGACCCGAGAUUUGAACACCCUCAACUCCAAAUUCGGCACACCCGACGACUUGAAGGCACUCAGUUCUGCGCUUCAUGAUCGAAAUAUGUAUCUCAUGGUCGACGUGGUUGUUAAUCACUACGCGGCUCCCCCGACUAAUACUUCAGACAAAAUUCCACAAUCCUUUAAUUUCACUUCUCUUGCUCCAUUCACAUCGGAGAAUGAUUUUCAUCCUCAAUGUUUUAUAACGGAUACAUCAAACCAAACCGAGGUCGAACAAUGCUGGCUCGGAGAUACCAGUCUUCCACUCCUUGAUAUUGACACCGAAAACCCGACGAACUUUGAGAUCCUCAGGAGCUGGAUCGCGGACCUAGUGCUGGAGUAUAAUAUUGAUGGUCUGAGAAUCUCCGCCGCUCGGUAUAUUCGACAAUCCUUCUGGCGCGAUUUUACUGGGGCAUCAGGUGUUUUUGCCAUGGGCGAGAUUCUCAGCGAUAAUGUCAGCUAUACAAGCGAUUACACUCAGGUCCUCGAUGCUGUACUCGAUUAUCCGACCUGGUUCACACUUGUGGAAGCAUUUUCAGAUGCGAAAGGAAAUUUCGACAGCCUCAUGAGAACUGUCAUCGAAUCACAGGGAAAGUAUACUAGUGGUCUAUGCAUGACCGGGUCUUUCGUGGAGAACUACGAUCAGCCUCGUUUCCCGUCUUUUACAAAGGACGAGUCUUUGAUCAAGAAUGUUGUCACUUGGCCGUUUAUUCACGACGGCAUACCCAUCGUUUACUAUGGACAGGAACAGGGUUUUCAGGGUGGUGCUGUCCCCAAUAAUCACGAAUCACUAUGGUCGAGUUACUAUCACGUCUACCAGAAGCCGCUCGUGCAGCAUAUCACUGACUUGAAUGCCGUACGAAAGCUUGCCAUCAAUUCGAAACAGGAUUUCUUGACCACCCAGAUGACCUUCGUUCCUCAGCUAAAUGACAAUACGAUAGCGAUAUCCAAGCCGCCUCUCCUUGCUCUUCUUACGAAUGUCGGUAACUCCAGUACGGCUACGUGGACCAUACCCGGAGAUGCGGGCCUUUUUUUGAAAGGGCAGACUCUGAUAGAUGUAUUGACGUGCCAGUCUUACAACGUCGAUCCGGUUACUGGUAGCCUGACCAUCGAGUCGAGGAAUGGCCUACCUCAAGUCAUCUUACCCGCACGAUAUCUUGAUAGCAAAGGGACUCUGUGUGCCAGUGAAGCGCAGAACGGCACGCGCAGAGUCACACUUAACCAAACAUUUGUGUUCGGCCUUGCUAUACUCGUCGGUUUCAUUGCGACAAUCCACUCUUUCAUCUGAUUCUUUCGUUUAACUCUCUUUUGGGCUCUAUGAUUUAAAUUAUCUAUUAGUGUUCGUACUUGUAUGAGUGAAAGGCACCAGGAAUUACAGAAGGAACACGAGAACUGUCGGGAUUUCCCCGCCCACCGCCGUGAACGCUGAAAGCAGAAAAAAUGGUCCGUUCCUGAAGGCUGUGCCGCU